AAUUCAAUUAUUUAUUUUUAUUUUAUUCAUCUAUUUGUUUAUAAUUAAAUAAUGAAACUUAUGUCAUCAAGAUGUGAAUUUUUCCCCUUUUAAAAUAUUAAGCAAAUUUCAACUUUAAUUAUACUUGGUAAUUAAAGAUUUAAUUGGUAUUUGGAAGUUGAGGGAAAGGAGGAAUUUGGGGGAAAUAUUGGUAAAUUAGAGAGAGAAGAGUGAAAUUUGGAAUUUAUUAAAGAAGAGAAAAAGAGGGGAAUUUAUUUUAUAAAAGGAAAAGGAAAGGAAAAGAAAAGGAAAAGAAAAGGAAAAGAAAAAGGAAAAAGAAAAAGAGAAAGAAGAAGAAGAAGCCGAGAAACCCUAGCCACGCCGCCGCCGCCGAGUCGACGCACUUCGUCCCAGCCGCGUCGGAGAUCAGGUCAAGUCGAGCCGUCGCACGCCAGCCGUCGCCCGAAGCCGCGUUACACCCGUGCCUGCGCCGCGCCGCAUCGAUCCGAGGGAGAGCAGCUGAAGCCGCGUCGCCGAGCCGCCCAGUCCCAUCGUGCGCAACCGCCAACCACUGCGUGAAGCCGCGCACUGCCAAGUCACCGACCCGCAGCAGUCGACGGCGUCAGCCGCGCGCCUCCAGCCGUGAAGCAGAACCCGCGUUUCGGCUGAUCUGCGCCCGCCCGUCGGCCCGAGUCCAAAACCGACCCGCGCCGCCCGCCGAACCCGAACUCCGCGCGCGCGCCUACUCCAAGCCGAGCCGCGCCUCCCUGCUGACGUGAGCCGAGCCGCUCGCGCAAGCCCCUUUCGCCAGGACUGAGCCGAGCCGAUUCUGUCCUUCUUCCAGCCGAGCCGCCAAGACAAUUUUGGCUCCUUCCACCUAGUUUUUGGUAAAUUUCCAAAUUCCCUAGCCUGCCCAGUAAUUAAAUGAGUUAAUUUGGAAAUUUAAUUAAUUUAAUUACUUUCCUCAAGAAGCAACUUGGACCAAAUAGCUGCUGCAGCUUAGGACUUCCUCAGUAGGAACUCAUCUAGCAACAUCUCGAGGUAGAGGACGAGGUAAGGGCAAAGGCAAGCUGGCGAGCGACGUGAAGUGACCGUGGCGAGCCAUAGGGGUUUUCCUGCUUCCGCACAUGUUUUACUUUACAGUUAAAUUCAUGUUUCGGCUUUCUGCAUAUUUACUUUGGUUAUUUUUGUAGAUAGGGCCCGCUUAGGGAUUUUAAACUUAACUCGUAUUUCUACAUGUUACCUUAACUAUCUUUCAUAAAUACAUUUGCUAGAUUUCUUUGCAUUUAUUUACACCAGAUUUUAUGACUUAAACACUGAUCCUAGAUUCAGUAACCACUUCGAUUCAGCAUAAAGAGUCGGGUCGUUACAGUUGGUAUCAGAGCGCAGUGUUUUAGGUCCUGUAGACUGACUUAUGAUGUAAGUCAUUUUGUUUUGAUUUUUACCUCACCCUAUGGCUAUACGGUCCUUCGUCACUCGCCAGGUAUGCCUAAAGCUUUACAAAUAUUAAGAUUAUAAUGUUGCCUGAUUAGAUUAGACUUAGAGUGAGAAUAUUGAGCUCUAGUGGUGAAAAAUUUGUUGGUGAAUUUUAGGAAGAAUGCCGCCACGUAGAGGUGCACGCCGAGGAGGUGGCAGGGGAGGCAGAGGAGCCGGUCGUGGCCAACCGGCGGAGCAACCUGCCGCGCCGCCAGUCAACCCCGACGUACCAGUCAACCCUAAUGCACCGGUCACUCAGGCGGAUCUCGCCGCAAUGGAGCAGCGUUACCAGGCCAUGCUGCAAGCUGCUCUAGCGCCGUUCCUCGCUGCUCAGCAGAACCAGGCCGCCCCUGUUCAGGACCAGCCUGUAGUCCCUCCAGCCCCUGUUCAGGACCAGCCCGUCAUCCCUCCAGCCCCGGUGGAAGCUCAGCCGGUGCCAGUACAACUGUCAGCUGAGGCCAAGCACUUGAGGGAUUUUAGGAAGUACAACCCGAAGACUUUCGACGGAUCCUUGGACAACCCCUUUAGAGCCCAGCUGUGGUUGACAUCCAUAGAGACGAUCUUCAGGUACAUGAAGUGCCCAGAAGACCAGAAGGUGCAGUGUGCAGCUUUCUGUUUGGAGGAUAGGGGGACUGCCUGGUGGGAGACUGCUGAGAGGGCGCUGGGAGGAGAUGCCAGCAAGAUCACAUGGGAGCAAUUCAGGGAGAGCUUUUAUGCUAAGUUCUUCUCUGCCAACGUGAAGCACGCCAAGCUCCAAGAAUUCCUAAACUUGGAGCAAGGCAAACUGAGCGUGGAACAGUAUGAUGCCGAGUUCGACCUGUUGUCCCGUUUUGCCCCUGAUGUGGUAAGGGAUGAGGCCGCCAGGACUGAGAGAUUUGUUAAUGGCCUCAGGUUAGACCUCCAGGGUUUUGUACGAGCUCUUCGACCAACCACUCAUGCGGAUGCUCUACGCAUAGCACUGGAUCUGAGCCUGCAUGAGAGAGCUGGUCAAUCUAAGGUUGUCGGCACAGGGUCAGCCUCGGGACAGAAGAGGAAGGCGGAGGCGCAGCCCGACGUAAUACCACAGCGGACUCCGAGGUCAGGAGGUGUCUUCCAGAGACACCGUCGGGAGCUGGCAGCAGCUGGGAGAACUUUGAGAGAGCUACCCACUUGUACUACCUGUGGGAAGGUCCAUGGAGGACAAUGUUUAGCUGGGAGUGGAGUCUGCUUCAGGUGCAGGCAGCCGGGGCACACUGCUGAUGCGUGUCCUCGGAAACCCUUAGAGACGACGCCACGUCAGCCUUCUGCUCCCCAGCAGGGGAGAGUCUUUGCCACGAACCGGCAGGAGGCCGAGCGAGCUAGUACGGUGGUGACAGGUACGCUCCCAAUCUUGGGGCAUUAUGCUUUGGUACUAUUUGACUCGGGGUCAUCGCAUUCAUUUAUAUCCUCUAUUUUUGUCAAGCAUGCGGGUUUAGAAGUAGAACCGUUGGGUAGUGCCUUAUCUGUCUCUACUCCUUCUGGAGAGGCCCUUUUGUCUAAGGAAAAAAUAAGGGCAUGUUGGGUAGAAAUAGCAAACCAUACCUUGGAUGUAACCUUACUGGUGCUAGAUAUGCAAGAUUUCGAUGGGAUAAGUUUAAAUUUAGAGGAGCAGGCAUGGUAG